GUAUUAGUAGCACAAUGUAUAGAGAGAAAUGAGAGGCAGAGAGCGGGGUUAGGGGGCACUCACGAGUUGUGAUGUGAGGAGAGCCGACGUCACGGGCUUACUGCUGAAGACAGGCUCUGUAACCUGCAUAUUAGGGCAGUUUUCGACGAUUUUUCUCACAUAGGGCGCCAUCUGCAUUCAUUGCUAGUCCGAACACCUGGGUGCUGGAUACAGCUCCGAGAUGUUUUAUAUCGGCGUCAGGGUGUGCGCUGCUCCAGCCCUCGUUUCUCUGCUUCUUCUGGGCUUCGCAGUCGCCUCAUCUGAUGUGUUUGAUACGCAUCAAGGCGACAUCAGUUACUGCAAAAAGCGAUGCCAGAUGGCCGCCAAAAACAAAAACACCGCUAAAGAUGCCGUGCUGAACGCCUGUCACCGUGGCUGCCUGCUUUUCACAAUCUGCCAGUUUGUAAAUGGCAAUGCGGGUUUCAAUGCCAGCAAGGAGGAGUGUCACGGAGCCUGCAGGGAGGCGUACGGUCGGCCGGCCGAGCUGGAGGCUUGCGACAGGGGCUGUGGAAGCCAACGCUCAGAGGCGGAGAGCAGGAGGAGGAGGCUGAAAGCGCUGGCGCAUCGCUCCCGGCCGCACUCCGUCAUGGACUCGCUGUCCAGCUGGUGCAGUGAUGUCAUCAGCUCAGCUCAGAGUCUCAUCUCCUCCACCUGGACCCUCUACCUGCGGGUGGAUGGCAGCAAAGUGGUCACGCUCCAGGCCCAGCCGGAGGGUGAAUACCAUUUACCCAAGCUGCAAGUGCCUCGAUCCGAUGUGUCCCACACCCAAAGACCUCACGCGGGUGUGAAGCAGCAUAGCGGUAAGGCCGGGUUUGCACCGGGGGGCAAGCUGAGGGCCACGGUCCAACACGCCGGUGAAACCACUAACGAGCACGACUUCCUGGGCUGUAUGUCACGGCGCUCUGGGCUGCCUCGUUGGAUACUGGCCACCUGCAUCUUCCUCUCCAUCAUGGUUAUGCUGUGGCUGAGCUGUGCAAGUCUGGUCACUGCACCCGAGCAGCACGUCAAGGCGCAGUUGAGCAUCAAUGGAGAUAAGGACUUCUGGGAGGACGUCCAGAAAGUCGUACCCUACCAUGUGACUCCUGUGAUUGCUGUGGCCGUCAGCCAAUCGGAUGAGGGCGAGGAAGUUGGGCCCCUCCCAGUCAAGGUGGACUUGAGCAAGGCCACGAUCUGACAGACCGUUUUGCUGGACCACGGCUGAGGCGAAAAGUCUUCUGUCAUGAUUGAUUUUCGCACCGAACGGGGGGCUGCGUUGGGCGACUAAUGGUGGGUAAUGAGAAUUAAAAGCCAGCGUCUGUCCUCGUUUCCAGUUGCGGAGCCCUGCACGGCGUUACUGGACAGUGUUACCGUAAUGAGAGUACGAUUAUGAGCAGCUGCUAAGCAUCGAACGUAAGCAGUGUGUAUUUAUUUACUUGUUCUUAUUUAUGUAUUAAAAGUAUAACUAUUUGCUGAAUCCUUUUCAUAAAAUCAUCACUGAAAUUUGUCCUAAUCUAGUACCCUUCCCCAUGUCGUUGCCCUUUAGUACUUAAAAGUUUAACAGUAACUCUGCGAGGUAGAAUUUACAUUAUUUAAAUUGGAAACAGCAUUUGCUUUGGAAACCAGUUAACGUUACACAAAAAAAUAUUUGGUUAGAAUAAUCCAGCAGGCAUUAGAGGACAAGGAAUGAAAAAUCCCAAGGUAGGUAGAUGAAACAAAAAAGUUGUCCAGGGAUGCAGGACCAGCUGACUGAGGUCUGCUCCCAUGCAUCCAAACCUUAUAGGAUUAGGAUAAUUGUUUAACGUCAGCUGAAAAAGAAUUGCAGAAUGUUGAAAUUAGUGUAAAGUGCUUCAAGUUUGUUUUGCGAAAAAUGCACAUUUGUAAUACUUUAUUGUCAUACUGUGUAACUUUUGUUUUUUAGACAUAAUUAAAUUUGCAUCAUUGCAUUUGUUUACAUAGAGACAGUGAGACACAACAGACCUUCUCGGCAGACCUCCCCCUCCCCACAACCUUUGUUAAUGUCUGGAAAAGGUUCUUCUCUCUGGUUUUCAUUUGACGUAUUAUUUAUUCAGUAACAAAAAUGCAUGUUUUGUAUGUUUUAAUAGUUUAAACCUGCUCAACAUUUCAGUGGGGCAGAAAAAUACUGUAAUUUGUGACUUGUAUGUUUCUUCUGUUUAAACAUAUUGAAUCGAUAUUAUAAUAGUCUUUAAAAAACACUAAGAAAUUUAAAAGCCAUUCAAAAUCGUUAAGGCCGCAAUUUUUUAUUAACUAAAUAACAUUGAUUUUUGUCGACUGGUUGUUUUCAAUAAUGCGUGUUUCCUAAGAUGCUAAAAUAAAGGUGCAUUGCUGUUGAUA